CUUGCCAUCCUCCUGCCUCAGCCUCCUGAGUAACUGGGAUUGUAGGCCUGCACCACCAGCAAAGUCUGUGCUUCAAGUGCUGGCGAUAGGAUGAAUACAAAAAUCUAAUUUUAAAAUUUACAUUCCAUUAAGGGGAGAGAUGUAGACGAUAAACCCAAUAAAACAAACUGUUAGAUAAUGAUAAAUGUGACAGACGAUAAACCCAAUAAAACAAACUGUUAGAUAAUGAUAAAUGUGACAGAGGGACAUGAUGCAGCGAGACAGAAAUACCAGGCCUGCUGAGCUGGAUUUCAAUAUGGUGUCAGAUGACUAGGGCGACACCGAACUAAAGACUCAAAGGAAUAACAAAGGAGUGAACCCUGGGGCAGGUUUACACAAAGGAGGCUGGUGACAAGAACAGUGUGGGGAGAAGUAAGGUCAGACCUGACAGACUUUGUCCAGACCUGGAUGGGAAGAUACUGACACCCCAGGUGUCACAACAGGCUUUCUGCUUAUACGCCUUUCAAUCCUAGAGUGAGGACCAGUGUAGAAUGAGCCUGUGGCCAUAGCAUCCAGCCGUCCAUUCCCUACUGGGAAGUGAAGGAAGCAGUAUCAUGGACACACUGCCUUCCAGGCCCAGAGCCCAGUAGGGGAGAAGAGCCUCAAGGAGGAGUGGCAGGCUACCUGCCUCUGGCCUGGUCCCAGUGGCUGGGAGGGCUUCCCUAAGGAAAUGAUCCUGGUCAGACUCCGAAGGCUGGCAGUGAGUGAGGGUGAGAGAGGAGCCUUGAUCCAAGGAAAAAGACGGGGAGGGAGGUGGGGAAGCUGGUAGAGGCUCACCGUGCUCCAAGAAGUCUGUCUACAUCUAAGAGCGAUGGGACCUCCUAAGAGGGGGAGUUGGCAGGUCAGGCGGGGAAGGGAGUCAUUACUGUCCAGGGAGGCCCAGGUGUUGUGUGGACUCAAGAAGGCACUGGGGAUCCGAAGAUGCAGGAAGACCGGGAGUGCCCAGGAGACCUCCUAAUGUAAUCAACAGAUGUGGGGGAGCCGAGAGGGACCUAGCCAGUUCGGCCCUAAGCGGCCUUUCUCCUUGACCUUUUUGUUUACAUAAUUCCUGCUGACCUUAAUCAGUUCUGCUAUUGUGCUGGAACAUCCUCCUUCCUGAUGGUGCUGAGGAGCGAAGGGAUAAGCGAUCUAUUUCCAUAACCGUAAGAGGUUUAGCAUAAAAAAAUAGCUUUUGGUUAGCUGCCGUUCCUCCACUGCACCUUCCCCAAGCCAGUUGGAUGGCUUUGUGCAUCUUCAGGACCCUCUGUGAGGAGAUUGGAGCGCCGACCUAAUGCUUAAAACUGCUGAAACUGCCAGUCUGCUGCCUCACUAAUCCUAUCCCCUCUCUGCUCCUUCAAUCCGAUUUGGCUUCUAGACACUAUGACCUCAGUGAUGGGCAUCCUCAUAGAUCCCCUACAAAUUCCCCCAUGUGUCAGCCAAGGACCUCACCCUUGCCCUGCGGGGUCACCUGGCCGCUCACAGUCUGAGAGCCCAGGGACCCUUUCCUGAUCUUCCCAGCCAUCCCAACUGGUUGGUGACAAAUCACGAGCCCUCCAAUACCUGAUGUACAUCCCAAGGCAUAGAAAGCAUGGCAGCCUGUGGGAGGACCAGUAAGUCCCACGUCAUCUUCAAGAAGGUCUCCUGGGACAAGUCAGUGACCAUCUACCUGGGGAAAAGAGACUACAUCGACCACAUCAGCCAAGUGGAGCCUGUGGAUGGUGUUGUAUUGGUGGAUCCUGAGCUUGUGAAGGGAAAGAAAGUGUACGUCACUCUGACCUGCGCCUUCCGCUAUGGCCAGGAAGAUAUCGAUGUGAUUGGCCUGACCUUCUGCAGGGAUCUGUACUUUUCUCGGGUCCAGGUAUACCCACCUGUGGGGGCCUCGAGCACCCCCACCCCACUCCAAGAGAGCCUGAUCAAGAAGCUGGGGGACAACACAUACCCUUUUCUCCUCACGUUUCCUGACUACCUGCCCUGUUCAGUGAUGCUGCAGCCAGCUCCACAAGAUGUAGGGAAGACCUGCGGGGUCGACUUUGAAGUCAAAGCAUUUGCCACAGACAUCAUAGAUGCUGAAGAGGACAAGAUCCCGAAGAAGAGCUCUGUGCGGUUACUGAUCCGGAAAGUGCAGCAUGCCCCACCGGAGGUGGGUCCCCAGCCCUGUGCUGAGGCAUCCUGGCAGUUCUUCAUGUCUGACAAGCCCUUGCUCCUCUCAGUCUCCCUCAGGAAAGAGAUCUAUUUCCAUGGGGAACCCAUUCCUGUAACUGUGACUGUGACCAAUAACACGGAGAAGACAGUAAAGAAGAUCAAAGUGUUAGUGGAACAAGUGGCCAAUGUGGUUCUCUACUCCAGUGAUUCUUACGUCAAGCCUGUGGCCACAGAGGAAACACAAGAAGAAGUGUCACCAAACAGCACUCUAACUAAGACACUGAUGGUGAUACCCCUGCUGGCUAACAACCGUGAGAAAAGAGGCAUUGCACUGGAUGGGAGGAUCAAGCAUGAGGACACAAACCUGGCCUCCAGCACCGUCAUUAAGGAGGGCAUCGACCGAAAUGUCAUGGGGAUCUUGGUGUCAUACCACAUCAAGGUGAAGCUCACAGUGUCAGGCUUUCUGGGAGAGCUCACCUCCAGUGAAGUGGCUACUGAGGUACCAUUCCGCCUCAUGCACCCCCAGCCGGAGGACCCAGCGAAGGAAAGUGGUCAGGAUGAAAAUUUGGUUUUUGAGGAGUUUGCUCGCCAAAAUCUGAAAGAUGCUGGAGAAGCUGAGGAGAGAGACAAGGGAGAGGUGGUCCAGGAGGGGUGAGGGUUAGCUCAGGUGCUUGGAAAGGACCUGUAGUUCCAGGCACCCGGAGUGGAGCCCCAGUUAACUUUGAGAGCUACACUAGAUAGGGAAGUACGAACCUUCCUCCCAGAAAUAAAAUAUGGUC